GUUAAGCAUAUAUCAACCUGCUAAGUCUAUUGAUAAUUCACUUACAUUAAUAUUCGUGCGGACUUGAUUCAGCCAUGGCAUCUGAUGGAAGCGAUAUCAUCUCCUCUGUGAAUCAAGCAAGGAUUAACGUGACACUGUCUACAUCUCCGACACUGUCUCUCAGCGAUCCCAAGGCGGAGCUUCGGUUCAUACUGACCCUCCAAAUAGUCACGUCGGCACGGGAGGGUCAUCCGAUUACCAUAUGUACCGAUUUAUCUGCCUUGGAUGUUCUGGACGAGGGAUGCGGCCUGAUCGACGUGCUUGCUCGCGGUGCUUUUGGAGCACUUCGUAGCGCGUCUGGCGAUGCUACCAAGAACAUCUCUCUUGGUUACUUCCACGUACGAUACUUUACUAAUAGCACAUCGUCAGACCUCAGGGAGCAUGGCAAGCGGUUCGUCACAAUUCCUGGUGACGGAUCUCCUGUAACAGUGGUCCAUAGGCUAAUCUGGGAACGCAUCUUCAAAUACGCAGAUAGACGUAAAAAGGAUGACCUAGUUCCAGGGGAUAGAUUCAACAUCGCCAUGAAUAGGCGCUUCCUCAGGUCUGACUGGUGGUGUUGGGGCGACCUCGAGUCGGACCUGAAGGACAAGCAUUUGCACGUCUGGCACCCCGGUCGCUAUAUGGGAUCAAAGCCGGACGAUGAGGAGUUCAAGGAUGGAAGUUGGGUUUUCGGCGAAGAUCCGCAGUUGUUGACCUGGGAAGAUGUCACCGAAGGUCGGGAUGUGAGUUUUGAAAUAGUUGAAUAAAUAGCCGGCCUACCCAAGAGCGAAUAAAUAAAUUCAUCCAUUUAUGGAAUCGAGAAGGUCAGACUCGGAAACGUUAAGACAUAUGUAAUUAUGUAACGGCCUUUAUGCGGAGAAUAAUAAUAUGAGAAUAUAUAGGUAGACAGGGAUAACGAUGCUCUCUAUCCCUGUAGAGA